AUGUCAUUCUCCGGAGUCGUCGUCCUAACUGAUCUCGACGAUUACAUUGCACCUUCCCAGGCUUGUAUUUUGCCUGUAGAAGUGAAAAAGAACGAGAAUGAAGGAGCCAGGACGUCAAUAGUGGUUGAUGAUUUGGGAGGAUAUUAUGAAGUAUCUGAGAAUGGGGCUGAAGUCAAACUCGAACGAGCGAGUAUUACUCUCAACGACUGUCUAGCAUGCAGUGGAUGUAUAACCUCUGCAGAGAGCAUUCUGUUGACGAUGCAAUCACAGGAAGAGUUAUACAAAGUUUUAAAAGCAAACAAAGAUGCAACGGAAGCAGGGAAUCUGCAAGACGUAAAGACAGUAGUCGUAUCGAUAGCACCGCAGUCUCGAGCUUCACUUGCUGCAAAGUAUGGUUUGACCCCGUUGCAGACUGCAAACCGUUUAACUCAUUUUUUCAAAUCUCUCGGAGUUCAUUACGUCCUAGACACGUCUUUUUCACGUGAUUUUUCACUGAUCGAAACAGCAAACGAGUUCAUCGAACGCUUUCGUGUCUACCAGCAACACCAAUCUUCCACCCUACCUUCGCCAUCACUUCCUUCUGUCAGGAAUGCGUCAAACCCCUCAAGACGGAAAAAUGCCAUGGGAAAAGGAGUGGGAGCGGGAUCGACAGAAAACACGGCGAUGACAAAAGCGCGGCUUCCAAUGCUUGCAUCUGCCUGUCCAGGUUGGAUAUGUUAUGCCGAAAAAACGCAUGGGUUCGUAUUACCAUACAUUAGCGAGAUAAAGUCCCCUCAGCAGAUUAUGGGCCUGCUUGUUAAGGAUUAUAUUGCAGAGACACUAGGCUUAAGAUCUAGUCAAAUAUAUCAUGUCUCUGUUAUGAUGUGUUAUGACAAGAAGCUUGAGGCCUCUCGUUCCGAUUUCUUUUCCACGGCGAACCAGACACGCGACGUCGAUUGUGUAUUAACCACAGGCGAAAUAGCUCAAAUGUUUCUCGAGAAAUCCUUUUCUCUCGCUGACUCUCCCGAAGCACCGUUGGACAGGUUUACAAAGAUGACAUCAGAGAAGAAGAUUCUAGGCAGCUAUGGGUCUGCUUCAGGAGGAUAUUUGGAAUAUGUUAUGAGAUGCGCGGCGAGAGAGCUCUUUGGCGUUGAUGUGGAUGUAGAAAAGGAAAAGGGAGUUGUGGUGAAAAUUGGAAGAAACAAGGAUUUUAAGGAAGUGGUUCUUGAGAUAAAUUCUAAACCUGUCCUUCGAUUUGCACAAGCAAACGGAUUCCGAAACAUACAAAACCUUGUUCGUAAAAUAAAAUCAGGAUCUUCGCCCUAUCAUUAUGUAGAGGUAAUGGCAUGUCCAUCAGGUUGCAUUAACGGUGGUGGACAGUUAAAGCCUGAUGAGGGGGAAAUACCGCUAAAAGAAUGGAUUAAUCGUGUCAACAAUGUGUACAAGUCUGUGGAUUGUAGUUAUCCAGAAGAGAAUGAAAGUGUCAUGCGAUUGUAUGAUGAGUGGCUCGGAGGAAGAGCCUCAUCUAAAGCACAGAUGAUGUUGCGUACGCAGUAUCACAAUGUCGAGACUUCUCUGGUUAAUCCAUUGGCCGUAAAAUGGUGA